CUGAUAUGAGAACUUUCGUUAAAGGUCAAUGGCCAACCUCUGUUCUCCCUAAAAACGGUCAUCUUAUUCAGAAACCACAACGACAAAAAAAGAAAUCAAAUCCAGGCCGUCCAAUCCGCGGAUCCACGGCUCCCCGCAACGUGGCCAUCCACCCGCCCGCAAACGGGCAGAAAAAAGGCAAAAAUAAAUAGGCGCGGCGUCUCCAACGGUCAUCUCCUCCCCGAGAGCCCGCAGCGCGUCCACCCCACGCCCACGGGUCCAAUUCAAAAAUCGAAUCCUCCGCUCCUCCCCAACCCCCCCCCCCUCUCUCCUCCUCCCAAAUCCCCCGACUCCCCAACCCGAGACCCCAGCGAGCGAAUCCCCGCCUCUCCAGAGUCCCCAGAUCGCAGCGAUGGAGGCGGAUCCAGCCGCAGAGGGGGCCUCCUUGCCGCCGCCCCCACCGGCGCCGGCGCCGUCUCCGCCUCCGCCGCGGCAGCCGCAAGGUGUGGACGAGCGCAGCGCCGUGGAGCCCGCGGAUCCCACGAGCCCAGAUCGGUGCGCGGCGGCUGGAGAGGGAGACGCGAACCCCGCGCCGCCGCCGUCACCCGCGUCCGCAGCCCCGCCGCCUCAGGAGCCCAGAGGUGAGGACGCGGCCGCGACCGCGAGCGGCGAGGAGGAGAAGGAGGUGGUGGAAGAAGUAGGCGGGGCACUCCGCAGCUUCAUGGAGGAGCUCGGAGAUCAAGGAGAGAAUUGCCCUAUCCUGUCGCCAAGGCUGAAGGAGAUUGACACUCCUGAUCGCCCCGCUGCCCUCCGCUUCCUCGGGGAAAAGUAUAACAACCUCAUGGAGAGGUACAAGCAUCAGUUGGCUAAGUGUGCUCAGGAGUGUGCGCCUAGAUACGAUUGUUUGAAGAAGAAGUACACGGACGAGUGUGCAGAGCGGCGGCGCCUGUACAACGAGCUUAUCGAGCUGAGGGGGAACAUUAGGGUGUUCUGCCGGUGCCGGCCCCUGAGCGCCGAUGAGGUCACCCGUGGGUGCUUGUCCGUGGUUGAGAUCGACCCGUCACAGGAGACUGAGCUACAGUUUGUCCCCUCCGAAAAAGAACGGAAGGCCUUCAAAUUUGAUCAUGUUUUUGGACCAGAGGAUGAUCAAGAGGCUGUGUUCUCAGAGACCGUGCCUGUUGUGAUGUCUGUGAUGGAUGGCUUCAAUGUAUGCAUCUUUGCGUAUGGACAAACAGGUACUGGGAAAACUUUCACCAUGGAAGGGGUUCCAGAGAAUAGGGGUGUAAACUACAGGGCUUUGGAAGAAUUGUUCAGGAUGUCAGAGGAGAGAAGUGCGUCUGUUGCGUACUCAUUUUCAGUGAGCAUCUUGGAAGUCUACAACGAAAAGAUCAGAGAUCUGCUUGAUGAGAGCAAUGAACAAACAUCAAAAAGGUUGGACAUAAAGCAAAGUGCUGAUGGAACCCAAGAGGUGCCUGGUUUGGUUGAGGCUCCAAUUUACACCAUAGAUGGCGUGUGGGAGAAAUUGAAAUUUGGCGCUAGAAAUAGAUCUGUUGGAUCAACCAAUGCGAAUGAACUCAGUAGCCGCUCCCACAGCUUGGUUAGGGUCACUGUUAGGAGCGAGCAUUUGGUGACUGGUCAAAGGAGCAGAAGCCACAUGUGGUUGGUUGACCUUGCUGGAAGUGAGAGAGUCGCUAAAACUGGAGUUGAAGGAGAUAGGCUGAAGGAGUCACAAUUCAUCAACAAAUCACUCUCUGCCUUGGGUGAUGUUAUAUCUGCCCUUGCCUCAAAAAAUUCCCAUAUCCCAUACAGGAACUCCAAGUUGACUCAUUUGCUCCAAAGUUCAUUGGGUGGAGAUUGCAAGACUCUUAUGUUCGUGCAGAUAAGUCCAAGCUCUACAGAUUCAGGAGAAACUCUCUGCUCACUUAAUUUUGCUAGUAGAGUUCGGGCCGUAGAACAUGGCCCUGUUCGUAAGCAAGCGGAUCCAGCUGAAAGUUUGAAGCUCAAGCAGAUGACUGAGAAACUUCGGCAUGAGGAAAAGGAAAACGCACAAUUGAAUCAAAGCUUGCAGUUGAUGCAGCUCAAGUACGCAUCUCGUGAGAAUGUCUUCAGGGCACUUAAUGAAAAGGUAAGGGAUGCUGAACAAGCAUGCAAAACUUAUCAGCAGCGGGUUAGAGAACUGGAAAAUGAAUUAGGUAAUGAGAGGAACGCUGCUAGGUAUUCUGCUAGAUCCUCGAGGCCACCACUUGUUCCUUUGAGGCAGAGACAACCUCAGGGAAGAAAUAGCAACUACUUGCCAACAUCAGGCCCUUCUAGGUCGAGGUUCAGUAAAGCGCCCACACACACAAUUCAAAGCAAAGAGAACAUUCCCGUGAUGGUGAACAAAGCGCAUCCUGGGGCUGAUCUUAAUAAGGCUGUCAGCAAAGCAAGGCGUGUAUCGUUGGCUCCUGUGAUCCGACAAAUCCCUAUCCAGCCCAAGAGGCGAUCCUCAAUGGCGAUACUGCCGUCUCUGAGCGAGCAGCUGUCUGUACUUGCUGAGAAGAAAGCAGUGUCUCGACUGUCUCAUGUACAAAUGCCAAGAAGAUCAAUUGCUGCAUUUGGUUCAGUUUUAGGAACACCGCUGGCAGGAACAGGAGCAGGAGCAGGAGCACAUGCACCAGUAGAUGCAACACCAGAUGGCAGAGGAGGAAAGUUCAGGAGCAUCGAGUUUGGCAGCAUCAGCAAGUUCACAAGCCCCCCAAUGCUGGCCAUGUGGAAGUCAAGGAACAAUAUGGCAACACCACAGCAGAAGCUGGGAAUGGCAUCAGGCUCUGGAAACCCAAGCAAGCUAUGUUUCAGUAUCCAGAAAAGAGUGACUCUUGGUUCACCUAUUCGACUGAAAACCGGUGUGCCCUCAGGUGCUGGGAUCUUCAAUCCAGCUCUGCGUGAGAAGACGGUGGUCGGCAGAUCAGGCAAUGCGCUGCGGGUCCUCAACACCAAGAGGAGGCAGUCUGGUUUCGUUUAACUCAACUUCUGAAAGUGAAGAACUGAAGAUACAGUGAAUGUUUGGAUGUUCAAACAUUGUUGCAAAACUGGAGUGAUGAUAAUGGAAAUAAUGCUCAUGCCUGGGAGUGGGCGUGUUGAUAAGGAAGCUGCUCUUUUUCUGUUUAUUUCUAGUGAUUAGUUGUUAGUUGAUAAGAAAAUCGUGCUAACAUUGUUCGUCGAAAUCAUUGGUUGUAUGCAUUCGUUUACUCGGAAUUGGGCCUCCUUGAAUUUUUUAUUUUCGUCUGUUGAUAACACGAAAUAUUUGCCAGUUUAAAUAAUCUGAAGACACA